AUGGCAAAUGCUAAUUCUAAUGUAUCUAACGCAUCUGUCAGUAAUGUUAAUGUACCCAAUGUCAGUAAUGUUAACACACCUAAUGUCGGAGGACAACUGUCUCCUGAACUGCAGAAAAUACUUGAUAGUUUGAUCCCAAAACAGAGAAGAAGAUAUGAUAACUCGAACCAAAAUGUCGAGCUAUUGGAAAUGAUUCGAGAUGAAUGA